AUGGCAAAGCAGGGGGAGGGCCCCUCGGAAGGAGAGUCCAGCCAGGGCAGUGCCCCCCUGGAGGGUGGCAUCGCAGAUGGAACAACCCCCCACGGUGAAGUUAGAGAGAAAAAAAAAAACGGCAAACUGAAGAAUGGGAAGGGAAAGCACCCCUCUGGUGGAAGAAGAAACGGGGUGGAGAGAAGCGAGUCCCUCAAGGGGGUAAAAAAGUCGGGUGCGAAAGGGGGCAGAAAAAGGAAGGUUAUGAAGCAGUUGAAGCGGAAGGGGCAGGUGAAGGAGCGGGGAGGAUCGGGGAGCGAAGAGGAUAGCGAAGUCAGCGAAGGGGGAAGCAGCGAAGGCAGCGGGGAGGACCUCCUCGAAGUCGACUUCGAGAUGAUAGACCCCAGUGACAAGUACAAAGACAACGUGCGGAUCCUGCUGAGGAGCACGGAGCUUUAUCCCAAUUUGAAAUGCACCGAGGAGUUGGUAAGCAUCAUAUGCGACCAGCAGAACAUUGGGAAGUUCCUGUGCGUGGCGAGUGGGCAGCGCGUGGGCGAGAAGGAAGGUGCCUCUGAAAAUGUAGCAGCAGGUGGCGAAGCGGACCUCUCCAGUGGUGAUGGUAACAACGUGGUGGGAUUCCUAACCAUAAUAAACCUAAAUCAGUACGCAGAAAUUGCCGCCCUGAAGGAGCUCCUUCUGCAGAAGGUGAAGAAGGUUAACGCCCCGGAUUACGUAGAAAGCGCGAAGAGGAUCACGUCGCUGCUACUGACUAGCGAAACGAAAAACGUGGGUCUCCUACUUGGGCACCGCAUCUUAAACACUCCCAUCUCGUUAGUCCCCCUCAUUCACAAAAAUGUCAUAGAAGAUGUGUACUGGUCUCAAGGGAUAGAAGAUUUAGACGAAAGCGAAAAGAAAUUUUACUUCUUCGAUUUCCUCUUAAUCUACACGAAGGUAUAUCACACUGCGGAGGGAGAGCUCAUUUUUGCAAACUACGAGGAGGAGCACUUCUUUCAGCACAAGACUGACCACGUCAUGUGGAAUAACAAUAACGUGAAGAAGUUUUACGAAGCGGUGGAGCAGAAGAACAGGGAGGUCACUUACAAGGAGUUCGCCACGGUCUUCGUCGUUCCCUUUGGCCAGGUGGGCGCGGCCCUCAAACAGAUGGAAAGCGGCGUUAGCGGAGUUAGCGGCGUUAGCAGCGUUAGCGGUGGUGGCUAA